UCCCUCCAGUCAUCUGUAGAUGAGAUGAUAGCCAGUACAGCCUACCUGGAUCUGUUCCUGCGCAGUGUGACGGAAACGGCUCUCCUCAAAACCUUCCUACGCUUCAUCCUCAUGCAUCGCCAUGACAACGACACCAUCCUGGACACCUUGCUAACGCGCGUCAGCAGCAACUCCAGGCUGUGUAUGGUGUCUUUGAGCCUGUUCAGGACUCUGCUCUCUCUCAACUGUGAAGACCUCAUGUUGCAGCUCGUUCUCAGGUAUCUUCUACCCUGUACCCAUGUGAUGUUGAGUCAGAGGCGUGCUGUCAGGGACACCGAUCUCUAUGGUAAAUCAGCUGACAAGUUCCUGUCCCUCAUCCCAGAGUGCUGCCGCCUCAGCGUACCGCCCUCUGCUGAGCGGGAGGAAGAACCUGCCUUCUGGGGGAAAGUACUGAACAGCCCCAGCUCAGAGUCUCCUGUACACCCCAAACCCAGCACUCCAUCCCGCCUGGCCCUCUUCAUGCGCCAGCAGAGCACUGCACUGCCCUUCACCCCCUCCCCCACUGAGGCGGUCCCCUCGUCCCCCCGCGGGGGCCCUAGCACCCCCCUGUCCCCCGACAGCCCCAUGCACCCCGUCCCAGAGGGGCUGGACUGGGAGUCGGGGUACCUGGAGUACCUCAGGGACGCCCGUAGGGGGGUAGAGCUGUGCUCCUGGGCCUGUCGGAACUGGUCAGCCCCCUACGACGGAGAGGACCCCUCACCCAACGCGGCGCCUCUACCGCCCCCGCCCCCCACCUCCAACCCCUCCCUGGCCAUGUUCCCAGAGCACUUCUCCUUCCAGCAGGGAGGAGGAGGUGGUAGUACCUCCUACGGCCAGCAGAGGGCAGCGGUGGUGGCAGCGGCGCGGUCAGAGUGGAGCAGUACAGAGAGGGACAGUGGAGAGUGGGACGUCACCAUCGGUGAGAACAACUGUACCAUCAGCCUCACGCCCCGCACCAAGAAACGCAGCCUGCAGAGAGAGGAGGUCCCCCUCCCCAAACCUCUCCACCUCCCUCCUGACUCGACCUCUGCCUCCGUCCCUGACCCCUCUGCUGCCCCCCACCUCCCCUCCCGCCCCUCCAUAGGCCCUCACCAGGCCAUCUUCAAUGGAACGUCGUCGGGGGGUCAGGAGGACGGGUGUCCAGACAGCCGGGAUGGAGGGAUGGAGGUUAAGAAGGUGAAGAGAGAUUUGGACGAGCAGCAGCAGCACGGAGACUCUAGUCAGAACGUUGCAGUAGGUGCCAGCCCAAGCCCGGUCCCUAACCCGGCCCAGUCCUGUGGGCCCCUACAGGGGUUGCACAGGGAAGGGAAUGGUAGUGUGACUGGGGAAAACUCCCGACGUCUAACAUCACACGUACAGAGUCACAGCCAGGAUCAGCCUCCUCCGUGGACUCCAGGAGCCUGUACCAACUCCUCCAACGUCAGCCUGACCCCUCAGGUCCCUGGAUCGGGACCUCCAGAGGCAAUGCUCUCUACCCAGUCAGAGGCAGUGGAGCGACUGAUCUCUGAGCUCCUGGAUGGGGCUGGACCGGGGGAGGGGGGCCAGCAGGGGCCUGGAGACUCCAACGGCCAGGGCAUCAGCAUCGAGGCCUUCACCCAGGAACUCCGGGAGUUGGAGGAGAGGGUGAGGGAGAGGAGCAGGGGGAUGGGGCUUCUCAGACAGCUGGAGGAGACCACCAGAGACCCCGACUCAGAGGAACCACUGCCCCCCUCACCCCUGGACGCUGACCUGAUUGGGACUGGGGCAGUGAGUGGAGUGGAGCCCAAGGUAGUGGGGUCAGCUGUGGGGCUGUUCAGCCCUGCCAGGCCUUUAGGACAGCCAUCCGCUCAGCCCUACACAGGUCCGUUCAUGGUGGUUCUAUUUGCCAAGCUGGAGAACAUGCUCCACAACUCUCUGUAUGUGAACAUCUUGCUGACAGGGAUCCUGUGCCAGCUAGCCUGCUACCCUCAGCCCCUGCUCCGAUCCUUCCUCCUCAACACCAACAUGGUGUUCCAGCCCAGCGUCAAGUCUCUCAUACAGGUUCUGGGCUCAGUAAAGAACCGUAUUGAGGUGUUUGCAGCAUCCCAUGAGGACUUCCCUGGAAUGCUGAGGAAAGCCCAGCGCUACCUGGUUGCCAGGGGCAAGGUGGACUGGGCUGACUGUUCCCCCAUGGGGGUACCCACCCUGCGACGCUCUGAUUCCCUGGGUGAGAGA